UCUAAAACCAAACAGAGAACCACCGAAGUCUCAGCCUCUCCGAGAGGCCAAGCAGAAAUGGCGGCUUCCUGCACGCUCACCGUCCCUGGCCCCUUCGCCGCCGCCUCCUCCACUUCAGCCCGUCGCCACAGGCGAUUCGGGGUGGUUGCCAUGGCCAGCGCGGGGCAGAAGGUGUACGCGACCGGCGUGGCCGUCUCCGAGGGCAACGGCGGCCUGCCCAAGAUCAGCCUCAAAUCCCCGCACGGGAGUGAGGCUGAGAUUUAUCUAUUUGGAGCAUGCGUUACGUCUUGGAAGGUUCCCAGUGGAAAGGACCUGCUCUUUGUCAGACCAGAUGCUGUGUUCAACGGCCAGAAACCCAUCAGCGGUGGAAUUCCACAUUGUUUCCCCCAGUUUGGCCCCGGCCCUAUGCAGCAGCAUGGAUUUGCGAGGAAUGUGAAUUGGUCUAUUACUGAUUCAGAAGUCACAGAAGGAGAUCCAACUGUAACUUUGGAACUAAAAGAUGACUCGUACAGCCGUGCAAUGUGGGAUUUUAGUUUCCAAGCUUUAUACAAGGUUGCCCUGCACUCUACAAGCCUGUCAACGACCCUGACAAUAAUAAAUACAGACGACAAACCUUUCUCAUUCAACUCAGCCCUCCACACUUAUUUCAGUGCUUCCAUUGCCGGUGUAUCAGUGAAAGGUCUCAAAGGUAGCAAGACUCUCAAUAAGGAUCCUGACCCUAAGAAUCCUCUGGAGGGCAAAGAAGAAAGGGACGAGGUGACCUUUCCAGGAUUUGUGGACUGUGUUUACCUUGGCGCACCGAGUGAGCUUACCCUGGACAAUGGAUUGGGUGACAAAAUUGUGAUAUCAAACACAAACUGGUCAGAUGCAGUGUUGUGGAAUCCUCAUUUGCAGAUGGAGGCAUGCUACAAAGAUUUUGUUUGUGUUGAAAAUGCAAAGAUUGAAACAGUACAGCUGGGUCCAAAAGAAUCUUGGGUGGCAGAGCAGAAAAUUGAACUUGUCUGAAGCUAAUGAGUUGAGAACAGUACAGUGCGUCGCGAGUAUAUUAUCAAAGGACAGAGAUCAGUCGCGAGAUCAGGUGACAUGCACGUUUGCAUGUCACCGUGUGCCUUGCGGCCUUUUACGUGUUUGGCAAUGUAAACAUGUGUCAUUCCCCAGUAUACUUCAACUUAUGCUCUCACAUCAGAUGUACAUCUUAACUAUCUUAUGUUUAUGAGUAAAUAAAUAAUUUAGUUCUUA